AUGGACACCAACUCAGACAUCGACUCGAGCUACUUUGCCGAAGCCAUGUUUGGCCCCGACAUCGAGAAGAAGCUAGCAACCAUUCCUGAGAGUGUCUUCUCACCCAAUCACCACCCCCAAGCCGUCGGCCUCCCUCAGGAGGAGAACCCUACCACAGAGCCUCGUCCCAAAAUCAACAUACGAAUGAUGAUCAAUACGCGAGGUGAAGCUGUCAUUGUCAAGAACGGCCCCAGGAAUGCCCAAGAGAAGCUGCAGUGGAUGGGUCUACCAAUGCCCAAAUACCCUCCUCUCGAUGCCUUCUGGCUAUCCAUCCUACCCUUGAAGUCCUUCAAAUAA